AUGUCAUAUUUCUUCUCAUUGCUGGUGCUGCUGGCGUUGUGGUCUUUGUGUAACGGGGGCAGCUGCGUCUCUCUGGGGGACGCCGUUGCUGCCACUCCCGCCGCCUCAGUCGUCGGCGCGUCUUCACAGUCCCUUGGGAAAAAGCGCAGUUCCCUGCAAAAGUGGCUUGGCGCGGAAUGGUGCCAAAAAUACGGGGUCCCAUUUUACUGGUUCCUGCAUCAGCACCACCACAACCAACAUUUCUCCCCCACAGACAACACAACAUCCCACCUGGCGGCUUCGCAUGCUUCGCACCGGGUGCACUGGCCAUCACACACUGCUCGCACAGCGGGACUCGCACAGACGGAUGUGCGAUCACUAGAGCCGAACCACGGUCGCUACGUCGUCGUGAAACUUGACAAACUCAGUCGGGGGGAGCGGCGGGGGGUGCGAUCCACCUUGAUGAAUCAUGGCCUGGAAGACACCCACAUUAUUGACGAACUCCACAUGCUCGUGUAUGUGGAUCUCCCGCGUGCCGCGCAACUUCGAACAGCUGUCGAAGCUGCCGAUGAUGGGGGGGAAGCGCCGCUAUCACUCUUGACGGUGUUGGACGUCUACUCCACUCCCACUGGGGCAUACAUGAAACUCUCUCGUGCAAUCCGCCUUUCAAUGAGCCGCUGCGGCGCUCCGCAUGAUACUGGCGGUAGUGGUGGCGAAGAGGACACCACCCAAAUGUCAGAACGUAGCCUUCGAUGGCGGUUGCCGCUGGACGUUCGUACGGCCUUGGGGAGAGAGAAUGCUGUGGAGGCGUCACUUCGAGGUGUGCUACAGAAGGCAACGAACAUGUCAGUGAGAUGUCAAUGGGACAUUGUGAGGUCACUUGCUGGUAAGGGACACGUGCGAUGGGUGUUAACACUCUCUUUUCAGGAACGAAAAAACGGGGAUGAGGCAAUGCACGUUGUCUGUCACUGCGCCGCCUUUAUCAAUGCAGUUGUGCGGCACCCUGCAGUGCGAUGGAUGGAGGUGGCUGUUGAACAGGCUGCCACACUAAACUUUCAUGCGACUGCUCUUGUACAGCAUGGAGAGCAGGAUGAAGAGGAGCCGUUUCGCCCCUUCUGGGAUGUGGGAAUCGACGGCAGUGGGGAACUGAUCGGGAUGGCGGAUACCGGUGUCGAUUUCGAUAGUUGCUUCUUUCAUGACCCCAACGAGUCUGUGGCGUUGUACCCAAAAGUGAACCAUCGCCACCGCAAGGUUGUGUCAUUUGUUCCAAGCGACUUAUUUCCUGGCGAAGUGUUGAUUGGCGACCAAAAAAAAGGUCAUGGAACGCAUGUGGCAGGCACAGUGGCAGGGCACAUGCUCGGUAAGGGGGAGAAUUCCAAGUACGACGGCGUUGCUAAAGGGGCGAAGUUGUUUUUUACGAGCCUUGGUGCUCGCAGCCAGUCUCUACUAACACUCCCGGUUGACAUCACUGAUAUAUUUCGGCCUGGCUACAAGGAGGGGGCACAUAUCUUCUCAAACUCAUGGGGUUUUUUUGUCCCGGAUGAGUACACAGCGGUGGAAAAAACUAUGGACUCUCUUGCAAGUCACAUGGACGAUGCCCUUAUUAUUUUUGCCGCUGGCAAUAAACCUGCGUCAGGCCUGUUAACACCUUGUCGAGCAAAAAAUAUGCUUUGUAUUGGAGCACAUAAGAACAGUUUUGAUCGACAGGAGCAAAACAUCAUUCCAAGUUUUUCCUCCCAUGGACCGACGUAUGACAAUCGUGUGAAACCCGAACUUGUGGCUCCGGGUUAUAAAAUCACUUCUGCCCUCUCAGAUGGCGACAUUUUCACACGGCAGUGCACCGUCGUUAAGAUGUGGGGGACUUCUAUGGCCACUGCCGCCUUGGCGGGGUCGGUGGCCUUGAUACGUCACCACCUUCGCAAGGUGGAGAAUGUCUCUUCUCCGUCCGCUGCAUUACUGAAGGCGUUGCUGAUUCACUCCACCGUAAAUUUGAAUAACCCAGAGUUAAGUGGAUUCGGUCGUCUUGACAUGUCUCUUUUUUUUACCUCUACUGGUAUUCGCGGAUGGUUUUGUGACAGAACUCUUAUUGAUCACCACGCUAGCAACAUGUAUCAUUUUACGUUGGGGCCUAUGUCACCUGAGGUAAACGAACUUGUGCGUGUGACGCUUGUCUGGACGGAUUCCGCAGCCGCGAUGGAGGGCUCGGUUAAGUCGUUAGUCAAUGAUCUUGACGUGAUAUUGGUGGAUUCGACUGGUGGCUUACACUUUGCUGGCAAGAACAACACCCUGGACACCACAAAUGUGAUGGAGCAAAUUGAUUUGUCACCCUCCUGGAAAUUAGCUGCAGGAUUCUGUGUCUUCGUUUAUGGCGGUAGCGUCCAUGAUGGGGGUAACCAGCCGUAUGCCCUUGUGGUGUCUGGCCCUAGUUUGAGGUAUGUGGGGGAUGCGGUUGGCAUGCCCAUUGCGAGGUGUGCUAAUAAUUGCAGUGGUCACGGCGAUUGCGUUGGAGGUGUCUGCAAAUGUCACUUUGGGUAUCGGUUUAUUGACUGUUCUGUUUGCGACGAGGAAACCAUUUGUCAUGGGCAUGGGACGUGUGAGGCAAAGGAUUUGCGGUGCACCUGUGACAAUGAACACUUUGCCGACGCAAAUUGCUCGUCUUGCAAGUUGGGGUGGUACGGACCAUCGUGUUCUUCCAACUGCACAUGCAGCAACAGGGGGAAGUGCGACGUGGUGACUGGCGAAUGCAACUGCCAAAAAGACAAAAAGUGGGGUGGAUCGGGGUGUUUCGAGGGUCCAAACUGUGAGUUUUGCUGCAAAGACUUCACCGGGGAAAAUUGUAACUUGCGAAGUUACUGGUGCAAAGAGGAUGGGUGGCCUCUAGUGGUGAGUGACGCUGCCGAUGGAUACAUUCAGGUGAACGGCUACGGCUCCUACUCCCCCAUAAUUGUGUGUCGAUGGGUGAUUGAGGCGCCGCGAGGCCGUAGAAUACGAUUGGAGUACCUCAGCUUUGACGUGGAGAGCCCGACGGAUGUGGUCUUCGUCUACAAUGACGCGUUUGAGGAAACGGGACCCGCACGCUCGGAUACCGGUACGAACGCCGAGGGCGUAGUCUUUCUUUCCGCAUUUAAUGUUUUAUCCAUCGUCUUUAACUCUCAUUGGUCGCAUGUUCGUCGGGGAUUCCUGCUGCAUUACACCUUUGAGAAAUCAACGCCCCACAACUGCACCCUCGCAUGCGUUGAAAACGCUUUCUGUGAUACAUGGGGCGGCGGCUUCUGCGUCUGCGAUGACGGGCGCGCAGGAUGGAACUGCAGCGUGGCGGUGGAUGCUGAGAAAAAGGCCGUGGAGUUGCGGGAAGAAGCAGAAGGAGGAGCCACCCAUGUCACACUUCUUGUCAAUGAGGAGUUUAAACUUGCCCUGAAACAUUCCUUGCCCAUGUGGAGAAAGGCCAACGUGUAUGUUGCCUUUGAUAAAGGCUUGUUCGCACGGCAGCAGAACGGAGUGGCGCUGAGAGCAGCAGUUGUCCACAGCAAUCCUGGUGGGACACUCCGUUCAGUGGCUGAGGAAAAAAUUGGAGUAACAAGUACCUGUACGUAUGUCCGAAUUAGUAUAGAUCGCACAUUGAGUACCCAAAACGACGAGUUGAAUAUAUCCUUCACUCUUCUUUAUAACGCAUCCCUGUCAUCGGUAGCAGCGGACCAUGUAAAUUACCUUGCAGCGGCAUAUCUUGGAAAGAGUGAAUCCAAGGCUGCGUACGAAGAGGAUAAUGAUGAUGCGCAUCUUUUGAAGGUGUAUUGCAUCCCCUCUCUUCCGUCUACAAUCCCUUCUUCGAUUUUUGAUUUACCCCCUUCAACGCGCCCAGGCUCCAAAGGCAGAAUGCACGCCUUUUUGUGUGUGACGCUGUUUGUAUUUGUUGUGUGCCUUUCUUCCAUUUUUUACGUGGCUUUCUCCUGCCGCUCCCUGUUCUCCAGCGAUGACAUUGCCUUGGCAGAGAUCCCCCUGGAGGAGGUGGUGGUGCUGGCGUCAUCUGAUGGUGGCGAGGAGGCGGACGAUGAUGUCAGCCGGGGCUCCGUUGAAGGGUUGCUCUCGUUCCUGCCGCCAUCUUCACUAGAACAAGAGGUGGAGAACGCGCGUCCAUUAGGGGCCCCCAAAAGGAGAAGACAGGCGUACACGGGGGUCGCGGUAGAUGAUGCGGAGGACGUGGAAACGGUGGACCCAAAUAAGAUUUAUGAGGAGGGCGAAAAAUCUGACAACCUUCCCGCUGGAACCUGA